GGAUGAACGAUGUAUUGGAUGAAAUGCGCCGCUCGAAUCGUUAUUUGUCUAAAAAAGCUAUUUACGAUUACGGAACAGACCUCGAAAUAUCAAGACCUGAUUGGCUGAUGAAAUAUCAAAGCAUGGUUGGACUGGUGGCUAGUCAGGUGUGGUGGACGGCAGAAGUAGAAGAAGUAUUUAAUCAAGCUAAAAACUUUGGAAACCUAAGAGCCAUGAAGGACUUUUUGAACAAACAAAAUUACCAAAUGGACGAACUAGUAUUGAAAGUGCGAUCAGAUCUUAGCUCUAAUGAUCGGAAAAAAUUCAAAACUAUUGCAACUAUAGAUGUUCAUGCUAGAGAUAUUAUUGAGGCAUUUGUUAGAGAUAAUGUUCUGGAUGUAGGCGAAUUUAGUUGGGAGAGCCAACUGAGGUUCUAUUGGUUAAAGCUUUAUGACAAUUUAUUUGUUAUUCAAUGCUCUGGACGAUUCGAUUAUGGCUAUGAAUAUUUGGGCUUGAAUUCCCGCCUGGUUAUUACACCCCUCACCGAUCGUAUUUACUUGACCAUAACACAGGCUUUACUUAUGAAUUUGGGCGGCGCUCCUGCUGGUCCAGCUGGUACUGGCAAAACUGAAACAACUAAAGAUUUAGCCAAAGCUAUGGCUCUUCUAUGUGUUGUAACAAAUUGUGGUGAAGGAAUGGAUUUCCAUGCAGUGGGUACAAUUUUAUCCGGACUUGCGCAAUGUGGAGCAUGGGGCUGUUUUGAUGAGUUUAAUCGCAUUGACAUUUCAGUAUUGAGUGUAAUUUCAACACAACUUCAGACCAUUCGUAAUGCUUUAAUACGAAAAUUACAAAGAUUUGUUUUUGAAGGUUGUGAAAUCAAAAUUGACCGUAAAGUUGGUAUAUUUGUUACAAUGAAUCCUGGAUAUGCGGGUCGCACAGAAUUACCCGAGUCCGUUAAAGCUCUUUUCAGACCAGUAACAUGUAUAAAGCCAGAUUUGGAAUUAAUUUGUUUAAUAUCGUUGUUCUCUGAUGGAUUUCUAACGGCCAAGAUUUUGGCAAAGAAGAUGACUGUUUUAUAUGCUCUCGCCCAGGAACAGUUAUCUAAACAGUGCCAUUACGAUUGGGGUUUACGCUCUUUAAAUUCGGUUUUGCGCAUGGCUGGUGUAAUGAAACGUCAAUCCAACGAUUUGCCUGAGGCUGUCGUAUUAAUGCGAGUUCUUCGAGACAUGAAUUUUCCAAAAUUUGUUUUUGAGGAUGUACCAUUAUUUUUAGGACUUAUUAAGGAUUUAUUUCCGGGUAUCGAUUGUCCUCGAGUUGGUUAUCCAGAUUUUAAUGCAGCUGUACGCCAUUGUCUUGUGAACGACGGAUUCAUUCUAUUGGCAGAUCAGGAAGACAAAGUGGUUCAGAUGUAUGAAACAAUGAUGACCCGACAUUCCACUAUGAUUGUUGGCCCAACAGGUGGUGGCAAAACAGUUGUCAUAAAUACACUAAUUAAGGCCCAAACCUUUAUGGGUCUCCCAACAAAAUGCAUUACACUUAACCCUAAGGCAUGUUCCGUCAUAGAAUUGUAUGGUUAUCUGGAUCCAAAUACGCGCGAUUGGGUUGACGGUUUAUUCUCAAACAUUUUUCGAGAAAUGAAUAGACCACUUGAACAUGAUGAACGCCGCUAUGUCUGUUUUGAUGGAGAUGUUGAUGCGCUUUGGAUUGAAAACAUGAACUCAGUUAUGGAUGAUAAUAAGCUGCUGACAUUAGCAAAUGGUGAACGUAUUAGAUUGGAAAACUACUGUGCACUCUUGUUUGAAGUUGGCAACUUAAAUUAUGCAUCGCCUGCUACAGUAUCUAGAGCCGGGAUGGUGUUUGUAGAUCCCAAAAAUUUACGAUACAGUCCAUACUGGCAACGGUGGAUUUUAACAAGACCAGAAUCGCAGAGAGAACUGUUACAGGACAUGUUUGAGAAGUUGAUAUCACAGGCGAUUGCAUUUAUACAUGAAGGAUUAGAUGGUACGUCCCAAGGAAAUCCACUAAAGACUGUCAUUAUGCAAACCGAACUGAAUAUGGUUGUACAAUUCUGCAAUAUGUAUGAUGCUUUAUUGCCAUCUUUUGAAAAACAAGAUGAUUUGUCAUUUGGGGCGCCACCUCCUGUUCAAUACGAUACUGAUACACUUGAAUGUUGCUUUAUACAAUGCAUUUACUCAUCACUGGGUGCUUGUUUAGUUGAGCAUGAUCAAAUUGUAUUUGAUGAGUUCAUAAAACGUAUUUCGGGGUUUCCCUGUGUACAAGAUGCUAAAGAUAAACCGGCAUCUGGAGGGCAGUUACCAACCUGUAAACCGACACUUUACGAAUAUUUUUAUAACCGUGAAACUUCAUGUUGGAUGGCUUGGGAAUGGGUUGUACCCCGAUAUGUCCAUGAUCCAAAUACGAAAUUUAGCGAAAUUUUAGUGCCUACGGUGGACAGUACACGAACUGUCAGCAUUUUAAACCUUAAUAGUUAUAUUAAACGGCCUGUAUUGUUGGUGGGUGAAGCUGGAACAUCGAAAACUGCAAUCAUAUCUCAAUAUCUUAGAAAUCUCAACAAAGACGUUAAUAUUAUUUUGAAUAUUAAUUUUUCAUCGAGAACCUCAUCAAUGGAUAUCCAACGUACCCUGGAGGCUGCUGUUGAAAAACGUACAAAAGACACAUUUGGUCCACCAAUGGGAAAGAAAAUUGCUUGCUUCAUUGAUGAUAUGAAUAUGCCACAAGUUGACGAUUAUGGAACCCAACAGCCAAUAGCAUUGUUAAAGCUUUUCUUUGAACGCGGUGGAAUGUACGAUCGUGAAAAGGAUUUAAAUUGGAAGAAGUUCAAAGAUUUAACAUUCUACGGGGCCAUGGGUUGUGCCGGUGGUGGACGUAAUGACGUUGAUCCUCGGUUCAUAUCAAUGUUCUCCGUUUACAAUAUUGUUUUUCCUAAUGAUGAAUCACUACUUCAAAUUUACAUAUCAAUUUUUAAGGGUCAUCUCCAAUAUGGUGAAACAUUCAAUCCAAAACUAAUACCCAUGGCUGAUAUAAUCGUCCAGAUGACACUGCGACUGUUUAAGAUUGUAAUUGUGGAAUUACCACCUACUCCAUCGAAAUUCCACUACAUAUUUAAUUUGAAAGAUUUGUCUCGAAUUUUUGCUGGUAUGCUACUUAUACACUCCAAUUAUUUUAAAACUCUCCGUGAUUUGGUACGUGUAUGGCGCAAUGAGUUUACUCGAAUUAUUUGUGACCGCCUAAUAUCGGAGAAGGAUUUGGAAAUGAUGAGACGCCAAGUGGAGAAUGAGAUAAGAGAAACGUUCAGUCCUGAUUUUGAGGUGGAAAAUGGAUUUGUUGAUCCAAAAACAGUAGCAGAAGAGGCUGCCAAUUUAGAACAAUAUGGAGCUGUCGACUUUGAACAAGAUGAAAGAACUAUUGUAACAUUGACAGAUCAUGUAAUGAGGGAUCCUUGUUUAUUUGGUGAUUUCAGAAAUGCCGCAAACGAAUCCGAACCCAGAUUUUAUGAAGAUCUUCUAGAUUAUGAAGCCGUAUAUCAUUUGUUUAAUGAGAUUCUUGAAGAAUAUCAAGAACGUAAAGGUAAAAUGGCACUAGUCCUUUUUGAAGAUUGCUUAGAGCAUUUGACUAGAGUGCAUCGGACAUUAAGGAUGCAUCGAGGACAUGUUCUGCUUGUGGGUGUUGGUGGUAGUGGCAAGAAAUGUAUAACUAGACUUUCGGCGUUUACUGCUGAAUGCGAAGUUUAUGAAAUAACUGUUGCCAGAGGCUACAAUGAACAAUCUUUCCGUGAUGAUCUUAAAGUUCUCUAUACAAUGGCUGGAGUAGAAUGUAAAAAAACCGUAUUUCUGUUUACGGCUGCACAAAUUGUUGAGGAAGGCUUUUUAGAGUUAAUUAAUAAUGUUUUGACAGUUGGUCUGGUACCAGCUCUUUUUACUGAUGAAGAGAAGGAUGGUAUCGUCAGUGGAUGUCGUACAGCAGCAGAAGAAAGUGGAUAUUUAGCAUCGAAGGACUCAGUGUGGUCUUAUUUCUUAGCAACAUGUGCUCAGAAUAUGCAUGUUGUAAUGUGUAUGUCACCUGCUGGUGAUGCACUGCGCAAUCGAUGUCGCAAUUUCCCUGGACUAAUUGGGAGUACGUACAUUGAUUGGGUGUUUCCGUGGCCGGAACAGGCUUUAUCUGCCGUAGCAAAGUUAUUUCUUACCGAACACGCUUUAAUUCCUUCUAUUCACCGUGAAAGCAUAAUAAAACACGUUGUUUAUGUACACAGUACAAUGCACCUCUAUUCCAAGGACUAUUUACAGAAAUUAAGACGUAAUAAUUACGUUACACCUAAACACUAUUUGGAUUAUAUCAAUACAUACUUGAAACUUUUAGAGGAAAAAAAUACGUUCAUUUCGACACAGCGAGAUCGUCUAAAGGAAGGCAUUCAUAAAAUCGACGAAGCUUCAAAGCAAAUUGACGAACUGCGAAUUAUUGUGACCGAACAAAAGCAUAAUGUGGCAAGAGCUUCGGAAGAAUGUGAACAAAUGCUGGUAGAAAUUGAAGAUGCUACUACGAAAGCAAAUAUUAAAAAGACAGAAGCAUCUGAGAAGUCUGUAGAAGUUGAAAUAAAGGGAAAACAAAUUGCAGUCGAAAAGGAGGAAGCAGAGAUAGUUUUGGCUGAUGCUCUGCCGGCUUUAGACGAAGCUCGAAGAGCUCUUUCUGAACUAGAUAAAGCACAAAUUACUGAAAUUAGAUCUUUUGCUACACCACCGCCUCAAGUGCAAGUAGUAUGUGAGUGUGUUGCAAUAUUAAAGGGCAUGAAAGAAAUCAACUGGAAAUCGGCAAAGGGAAUGAUGUCGGAUGUCAGCUUUCUUAAAAGUUUGAUGGAAAUGGAUUGUGAAGCACUGACAGGAAAACAGAUUAACCAGUGCCGUAAUCAUAUGAAAUCCCAAAAUCUUGAUGAAAUGGAAAAAAUUUCUGUUGCCGGUGCUGGUCUUUUAAAGUUUGUAAGAGCCGUCAUUGGAUUCUAUGAGGUUUACAAAGAAGUAAAACCUAAAAAAGAACGAGUCGACUUUUUGGUUCAAGAGCAGGAGCAACAAAUAAAAUUGUUGAAUCAUUUAAACAAUGAAAUUACGAAGCUAGAAGCACAACUAGAUUCACUAAACUACAGAUAUGCUGAAUCCAUGAAGCAGAUGAAAGCGUUGACGGAAAUGAUGCAGCAAGCCGAACGAAGAUUGAUUGCAUCCGACAAAUUGAUAAGCGGUUUGAGCUCAGAACGAUUGCGUUGGAGCAUUGAUUUCGAUAAUUAUGGCCGUCAAUUGGUUGUAAUAGUGGGCCAAUGUCUUUUAUGUGCCUCAUUCUUAGCAUAUACGGGUGCGUUUUCAUGGGAAUAUCGCAAAACCAUGUUGUUUGAUGACUGGUUGGAGGACAUUAAAUACAAUGAAAUUCCCAUUCAAAUUCCGUUUCGUAUUGACCAAAAUCUUACCACUGACGUAGAGAUCUCAACAUGGUCAUCAGAGGGACUACCACCAGACGAUCUUUCGGUUCAGAAUGGAAUAUUGACUGUUAGGUCUUCUCGAUUUCCCCUGUGUAUUGAUCCCCAAUUGCAAGCAUGGACAUGGAUAAAGAAAAAGGAACAAAAAAAUAAUUUAAAAAUCUUAUCAUUCAACGACAGCGACUUUCUUAAACAACUAGAAAUGUCUAUUAUGUAUGGUAUUCCAGUGUUAUUUGAAGAUGUGGACGACUAUAUUGACCCAGUUAUAGACAAUGUUUUACAAAAGAAUAUACAGUUUGCCAGCGGACGAAAAUUUUUAAUAUUGGGUGACAAAGAUGUCGACUACGAUCCGAACUUUAGACUUUAUUUGACAACAAAGUUUUCUAAUCCAAAAUUUGAUCCAGCAGUCUAUGCCAAGGCGAUGGUUAUUAAUUAUACCGUUACCCAAACAGGCCUGGAGGAUCAACUUCUCAGCGUUGUUGUAAGAGCGGAGAGACCUGACUUAGAAGCGCAAAGAGAAACAUUAAUAGCCCAAACAAGUGAAAAUAAGCAGUUGCUGCAGCAAUUGGAAGAUUCUCUGCUCAGAGAAUUGGCAACAUCUACAGGCAACAUGUUGGAUAAUGUUGAAUUAAUUGAAACUCUUGAAAACACAAAAUCCAAAGCAGCCAUUGUAUUAGAACAAUUGAAACUUUCAGCCGAAACACAAAGAGAUAUUGAGAAACUACGAGAUGGUUACAGACCAGCCGCGAAAAGAGGAGCUGUCCUAUUUUUUGCGCUCUCUGACAUGUCUACUGUCAACGCAAUGUAUCAGUACGCGUUAGCUGCAUAUCUAGAUGUGUUUACGUUCUCGCUGCGGAAAUCUGUACCCGAUACGGUCCUGGCAAAACGUUUAAAUAAUAUUAUUAAAACUUUGACAGAGAACAUAUAUUGCUAUGGUUGUACCGGUAUAUUUGAAAAACAUAAACUAUUAUUUUCUUUUCAAAUUGCAACAAAACUUGCUUUGAGAGAUAGUAUCUUAAGUCAAGCGGAAUUAGACUUCUUUAUAAAAGGAUCAGUACUAUUAACUAAAAGUGAUCGAACUUGUCCUGCAAAGUGGCUAUCGGAAAAAAAUUGGGAAGAUAUAUUAAGGUUAGCUGCAGACUUUCCAGACCCGUUUGAAACUUUGCCCGAUCAUGUCCUAAAAUUUACAAAAGAAUGGAAAGAGUGGUAUGAUUUAGAAAAUCCUGAAGAAGUACCAUGUCCGGGCGAAUUCAACAUAAGUUGCAAUCCCUUCCAGAAGUUAAUGUUUUUACGUUGUUUCCGUAUCGAUCGAAUUUUCCGUUCGAUAAAUCAGUAUAUUGUCGACACCAUGGAUGAGUUCUUUAUAAUGCCACCCGUUGUAAGUUUUGCCGCCAUAUACGAACAAACAACAUGCUUUAUUCCAGUAUGCUUCAUAUUAAGUGCCGGUUCGGAUCCAACAAAUGAUUUGAUGAAAUUGGCGGAACAAGUUGGCGGUGGUUUGGGUAACUUUUGCCACAUAUCAUUGGGACAAGGACAGGAAAAGGCCGCCAUGAAUUUAUUAGAUAAAUCUAUUCGACAAGGAAUGUGGCUAAUGUUACAAAACGGUCAUUUGUUAAUUAGUUUUGUACGGCAAUUGGAAAAAUAUUUGGAGAAAGUAGAUUCACCACAUCCGGACUUUCGGUUAUGGAUUACAACUGAUGCUAGUGACAGUUUUCCAAUUGGCAUAUUGCAAAAGUCUUUAAAAGUUGUAACAGAACCCCCAAAUGGUUUAAAAUUGAAUCUUCGUUCAACAUUCUUUAAACUUCGUCAAGAACGUCUAGAAAGCUGUACACAUCGAGCAUUUUUGCCAUUAGUCUACGUCUUGGCUUUUUUCCAUGGUGUAGUUCAAGAAAGAAGAAAAUACGAUAAAUUGGGUUGGAACAUUUGUUACGAUUUCAAUGAAUCCGAUUUCAAUGUAUGCUUGGAAAUAUUGCAAACAUAUUUAAACCGAAUCAAAGACGGUAACGUGCCGUGGAACAGUCUAAAAUACUUGAUUGGAGAGGUCAUGUAUGGCGGGCGUGUUAUAGACGAUUUCGAUCGACGUAUUACUCGAACUUACAUGAAUGAGUACAUGGGAGAUUUCCUUUUCGAUUCAUUUCAACCAUUUCACUUCUAUAAGGAUGAUAAUACGGACUAUUGCCUUCCAAGCGAAGACGUCAUAUUAAAGGAAGAUUUUAUCGCACAUAUCGAUAAAUUGCCCUUAGUAAAUAAACCAGAUGUCUUUGGUUUACACCCAAACGCAGAAAUCGGAUAUUACACUCAAGCUACACGUAGUAUAUGGAAUUCUCUCAUUGAAUUACAACCUCAAACUGGCGAUACUUCUGGAGGCAUAACCCGUGACGAAUUUAUUGACAACGUUGCAUCAGAUAUAUUGGACAAAUUACCAACAGCGUUUGAAACAUGGCGUGUGAAAAAGCAAAUUCAAAUGAGUUUAACACCAACUGGUGUCGUACUUCUUCAAGAAUUAGAUCGUUUUAACUUAUUGGUUUUAAGAAUUAAAAAAACUCUUGAAUUACUCAGAAAGGCUAUUGCUGGCGAGAUUGGAAUGGAUAAUAUUUUGGAUAAUAUUGCUAACUCAUUAUUCAAUGGUUUGCUACCCGCUGACUGGCGUAAAUUAGCUCCGGACACUUGUAAACAGUUGGGCGCUUGGCUAGAACACUUACAGGUUGCCUGUCGCAAAAAUGGAUGGCCAUUGGACAAAUCCCAGAUGUAUACCUGCGUUACAAAAUUUGUCGAUCCUGACGAUAUUGAAGAAAGACCAACUACGGGCUGCUACAUAACUGGUCUUUAUAUAGAAGGCGCUCGAUGGGAUUUAGAGCGAAUGCAACUAUAUCGUUCGCAUCCUAAAAUUCUAGUUGAAGAAUUACCAAUAUUGUCUGUAGUUCCUAUAGAGUCUCACAGACUUAAACUACAAAAUACAUUCCGUGCGCCAGUUUACACGACAUCUCUCAGACGUAAUGCCAUGGGAGUUGGCCUUGUAUUUGAAGCUGAUCUUGUGACUUCGGAGGACUUGAGCCAUUGGGUUUUACAAGGUGUUUGCUUGACGCUAAAUAAAGACUGAUUCCAUUGUUUUCCAAAUCAAACUUUAUUGCAAUUAUGGUUUCACAUAAAAGGUAGACAUUUUAUCUUAGUCCCUUAAUAAAUGUCUUUGAUUAAUUUA